UAUUGCUCAUAUACAAUUGUUAAUAAAUACACUCUGAUACGGCCUGAUACGACGUAAUAGAACAGCUUUAAAGUCAGAAGUGCUUCUAAUUUGAUUUUAGAUUUGGUGCGACCUCCGGUGCCGCAAAAAAAUCCUAAAUAAUCGUCUGGCAUAGCUAAAAAUAACGAACUGUUUUUAUUUGCACGUACGCGAAAGUUAUCGAGAAAUCAAUAGUAUUGAAUUAUACAUGCGAUUUUCUUUCCCCAUAACGACAUCUUUCAUUUCUUUACAGAGCAACAUAUUCAACAUGAGGUUUGCAGCAUACAUCGUGACGCUGUUAGUUGCAAUCUGCGCUCUGUUUGCCGAUACUCAUGCACUCCCGAAACAUAGACUUCGCUUACCAGGAGGCGGCCCUGGCUAUGGCCCAUUUAAUCCUCGACUACCUUGGCCGAUACCAUUGCCAAAUCGUGACCAUUAAUAAUCUGAAUUAAGAUUUUAAUUAUCAUUUUAAAAUUGGAUCAAGCUGAUUGGUUCUAUCUGAAAU